AAGAAACAUUAGUCCCCAGUUUUUAGUGUAUAACCUAAUGCACGAAUUACCUAGCCAUAAAAGUAGAAUGAAUCUCUAUUUACGCUGGCCUAUAUGUUUUCAUUUGCAUUGCACGGGUACAUAGAAGUCCCUAUCCAGUUUCUGGCAGUCCAUCGCCGUGGUUAUACCUUUCUGCCACUGUCUCAAACCAUGCCAUAUCUACCCACUCCUAUUCUACAUGCCCGUGAUGGAGACUUGGGACAACAGAAAACUUAAACAUUUUAUUGUUCUUGUUAUGUAUAAAUUACGUAUAUUUGUUUGGUUUUAUUUUAUAUAUAAAAUUGUAAAUAUAAAUCGAAUCCUGUUGUGUUUGACUGAACAGUCACGACGGCUGUCGUGACAAAAUGGUGUCAGAAGUGGGAUAGCUGUUCAGUCAACACAUAUUUUUGUAGUUUAUUUUGGAUAUUGUUCUUAAGAAUUUAUACUUCUGUUAUAUUUUUCAGUGGAAUGGCAGAUUUUUUUUUGUGGCGUUGAUAUAUGGAAGGGCCCCGAAGGGAAAAAGGUUGCUCAGGUUGUGUAUAUGUAAUAACUCUCGAGUGUUGAGAGGUCAGGUAUAUUGAUACUAGAAGCAAUGUUUUUUUUUAUAUAUAUAUAUGCCUUUUCUUUUAUAAGAAUUAUUUUGUUCAUUGUUGUGUUAGUUAGCGUAGUUAAGAUGGGAUCGCCAACACUACAGGAGCUAACAGAACACGGGAGAAAGAUGGAGUUGAAUGGGACAGACCUUCAGAAAUUUAUCUUGGAUCAGCAAACUCAUUAUCGGGAGUUGAGAGCAGCAGAGAGAUCUAAGGAGAAAGAGGAGAGAGAGUAUCAGCUGAUGAGAGAAGAACUGGAUUUGGAGAGGAUGAAGUUAGCGGAAGCUAAAGGUAUUGCUGAAGCUGAAAGUAAGUACAAAGAGACGUUACUAAAGCUUGAACAACAGUUACAAGAAACUAAAGCUGAUAUGUCUAGUAAUGCUUCUGCCAAAGUGCCUAAAAUGCCUUUCUUUGAAGAAACAAAAGAUGAUAUUGAUUCAUAUUUACGUCGUUUUGAGCGUUAUGCUACAGCACAGAAGUGGAACGGCGAAACAUGGGCGGUAAACCUUAGUGCGUUGCUACGGGGAAGAGCGUUGGACGUAUACUCUCUUCUGCCACAAGAGAGGGCCCUAGACUAUGCAAGCCUGAAGGCAGCUCUGUUGAAACGUUUCGAGAAGACUGAGGAUGGAUUUACGGCGGGUGUCGUGACAAUGCUUAAAAAGAAUAAUAAGAUAGACAAACCAGCUUGAAAAAGAUUUUUUACUAGUAUAUUGAACCUAUGUAAACAAAAACAGGGCACGAGCCUUGUUUACAUGACGAAGAAUUAUGAGCCCUGUAUCUUGCUUAAAACUCAACGACUGGCACCCAAAUUUCAUUUGAUCAUUAGAAAUGCAUUCCUAAAGCAUUGCAAGUAAUAAAAACAGAAAAAUAAAAUUUGACUAAAAUCGUGACCAUGCCCCUUUAAAGGAGAAUGGUCAAAUUUUAUAUUUCUAAU